GCAGUCCUGCUCAAUCGUGUUUGUUGGGUGUACCGCUUCGCCAUUUUCUGCGAUAUUUAUUAAAUUAUCGCCGUUUUUAACGAAACAAUUAGUGUCGUGUGUGCAAAAACAUGUGUGGCAACGUUUGCGCCCCCCAGUGAGUGUCCCAGACCAUGCCGAGUGAACACUAAACAACCAUGCCUCUGCCAAAGAGGGUGAUCGAACCGGUCCACGUGGCCAGAGGCACACUUCCAGAGGAUUUUCCUCUAGUGUCCGAAUUGGAAGCCGUCACCAACGGAACUUUAGCGAAUACCGUACGACAACUUUCCUCACUCUCAAAACAUGCCGAAGAUUUAUUCGGAGAAUUGGCCAGAGAUGCCCAACAACUCUACGACAGAUCGAAUUCACUGCAAGCGAGAAUCGACAGACUCGCUAUCAAAGUCACACAAUUGGACAGCACCGUCGAGGAGGUCUCUUUGCAGGAUAUCCACAUGAGGAAGGCGUUCAAGAGCACGGUGGCUUUCGAUCAACAAAUAUUCUCCCGAGCGACUAUGCCAACGGCCAUGUUGGAAACGUAUCAUUCCUGUGACAAACCGCCCCCACUCCACAAACUCAAUUGUUACCGUGACGACGGCAAAGACGGUCUGAAAUUCUACACCGAUCCGAACUACUUCUUCGAAUUAUGGCGUCAAGAAAUGCUCAACGACACCGAACGUAUGAUGCACGACCGUGGCAAGAAACCACACCGACCACGAACCGAAGGCGGCCAAGGAAACCGCCACAAAAAACGCGUCCGUCAACCACACAACACCCGCGAAAGACAAAAGCAAAUCGCCGUAGGCCACGGCGAAUACAUCAUGCCACAACAAAACACCAUCUAUCGCACCCCACAACCCAUCAUCCAGCAACAACAACAAAUGUUACCAACCGAAGAAAUGAUUGAACCACGCCCACCACGACCGAACUCAAUCGAAAUACGACGCUCGUACCAACAGGAAACCACCGACGGUCUCCAUUCCCCCACUUACCCCCCGUACGAGGAGUAUGGCCAAGGCCCACUCAGUUCCGAAUCAUUAUACCAAGGAGGCACGCCCACACGAGGCGGUAAAGUCCGCCCAAGCCAGCCCCCACCCGCACCACCUAGCAACACGAGCACGCCCUCGUCCAAUACCCCGACGCGAGGGCGGAGCCUCUCCGGCCGCGACAACCUACCACCACCGCCCCCACCACCCGACACGACCAUGUCACCGCCCAACGGCAUCCCCGCACAUCUCGCCACCCAAUCGCGUUCAAACAGUCCGCAUCAAGCCACACCUCCCGAACCGGUGCAAGACUUACCUCCACCACCGCCCAUACCUAAGCAAGCCUCGCCCCCCAAACAACAAACUCCACAAGCCCCGCCUCCGCCACCACCUCCACCAAUGCCGUUACUGAACGGCCCGACGACUAGUCCCCCAUUGGUUAACGGCGAUUUGGCGAAAAUUAUAAAUAGUGCGUCGCCGCCGCAAUUGACACCUGUCAAAGAUCGGCCAAAGCAGGCGCCGCCUAUCGUCGAUCCCAGGAAUGAUUUACUCAAAGCUAUCCGAGAUGGGAUUAAGUUGCGCAAGGUGGAGAAGAUUGAACAGAAGGAGGUGGAGAGAGGGAACGGUUUCCACGAUGUUGCGAGUAUUUUAGCUCGGAGGGUUGCAGUCGAGUUUAGCGAUUCGGAUUCAGGAAGCGAUUCGGAGUGUGAUAGUGAGGGUUGGGGCGAAAAUGAAACGUCGGCGUGACAUAGAAGGAAGGCUAGCACGGCUAGUCAAGUGUAUUGAAGCAACGAAUUUUCAAUUUUUAACGAGCAAACUUUAGCAAUAUGCCAAAUUUCCAGUAUUAUUGAGGCAUUGCAUGAUAAGCUUAUUAGAUUGCGUUUACAGUGGAUGGUUUUGACUUGGGUUGAGAUGUACAUAUUGUAAUGAACGUUUUAUUUAUAAAUUAAGUUGUAUAGAGAAUUAUUUAACUCGUACUAUCCUAAUACUCCUUUUUAAUAUUUUAACCAAUUAUCAGGAAAUCUUUGUAAAAUACGAUAUUUAAUGGGUAAAUAAACAUCAUGUCAA